UUAACGGUGACUUGAGUGCUUUACAAAAUAUUACAGCGAAUUUGAUUGGUCAGCGCGGGAACUUCAAAAUCUUGAAAACAAUUUUAGAUCAGAGAAUAUACCAAACAACAUGGGCAUGGCUAACAGUAAAACAGACUUUGGAGAGGGAGAGAUGAUCACACCUCCACGGACUGGUACACAUAAACGUGUGAUGGACCAUGAGUUUGACCCAAGGUCACCUUCAGUGGCGAUAACAAGAACUCCGAUUGUUGUGGAGAAAACCCCGGAGAGUCUGCUCGAUCCACGGUCACCAUCUGGAGGAAUAGUCAGGACUCCAAUUAUUACCAUUAUGCCUGAAUCACGCCUGACUCAGGACAAGGUGCCAUUGAUGCCAAACUUGGUAGAUGAGGGAGCUGAUGACCAAGACGACAAAUUGGAGGACACUGAUGAACUGCUUCGUGAGUUUGACAGCCUCCAUCAGAUGUCCAUAGCAGAGAAAAUAUCCAGUGAAGAUGCAGUUCAAUAUGUAUACAAAGAUCAAAUAGAGACAACUGUCCACAGAAAACCAGUGAAACCCACUCAGCCAAAACAACUGUUUCCUAAGCGACCCAUUUCUCUAAAUAAAGACAAUACAAGAUCACCUCUAGCCACACGGACAGUGGAUAUGAACUCACCGCGUGUCAUCAUUCACAAAAAACAGACCAAGCGUCUGGAAACGGCCAAGUCUUGUGUGCAGGAGGUGAUAGGCAGUGGUCGGUACUGUGUUCAGGAGAAAGAGAAUGUGGAGUAUUGAACUGUGUGUUAGAUUGUAGGUUGAUAUUAUUACAGUUUAACCCAUUCACCCCAAAGUCACAUUUGAAGCUUACCAAAUCAAAGACUGGGCAAGUCAAGUUUAAAUAUGUAGGGGUGAAUGAGGUAACGAUUAUUGAACAAUUCUGUGUAUCAUCUGGCAUAUCCAACCUUUGGCCAAACCAUUACUGACUGAUUUCUUUUCUUUUCCUUCAUAUGUUUUGUUUUCUCAAAAGGAACAAAUUACAAAUAUAUGUUAAAAAGCAUCGGAGUGUGAAAAGUGGUAUUUUCACAGUAAAUAAUGUUUGAAUUUGUAUUUGUGGGAAAAUAAAUAUGUCGUGAUGUAUGAAUGAUUUCUACCUUUCAACUGUUGUCUACUCAUCUCCAUCUUUUUACCAAUUCUGUCCUUUGAUAAUACAUGUAUGAUUACCACUCGUAGUCUACUACUGUCCGCCUAGCCAUAGUUAUAGUUGUACAACAAGAUUACCUGUCAUACGGUAUAUAAGCAUUACCCUUCAUAUGUUUUCCAUGAUGUUGCAGAAAGGGCAAGUUUUGUACAGACAAGGUUGUAGCACACAAGUAGAUGUGUAUGUCUGUGCAAUAAACAAGUGCCAUCUACAGCAUUAAUAUAGACAUGUGGAAUUGCUUUUAUUCCAUAACUACAAUUAUACUUUACAUGCAAUAUAACUUAUAAUUAUUCUUGAAUGAUCUAAAUUUGCUUCCUGAAAAGUUAAACUGAAAAGCAAUGGCAGUCCAAAUAAUAAUGAUGAUUGAUUAAUGAUGUUAGUUUACCAUAACAUAAAGGGAGCCAAGAUAUUGAGAUGAAAUUCACCAGUUCGAUCAGUUAACAACAAGUCACAACUGUCACUUUCCAGCACCACGUUCUAGCUAGCUAUGUAAUACUAUGUCCCAUUUGUUCUCACAGACGCUAAGGAUUCUAUAUCACAUCCUUGGUUAAGAACUGUGUAUCACAUCCUUGGUUAAGAACUGUGUAUCACAUCCUUGGUUAAGAACUGUGUAUCACAUCCUUGGUUAAGAACUGUGUGUAUCAGAGAGAGGUUUUGAUAUUUUACUUUUCAAUCGAUUAUCUUUUAUAGUGAAUAUAUGUGAAUGUAUGUACUUUAAUUAGAAAAUAGAAGUUAUUUACAGUAUAAUGAUAUGUAAGUCAGCAGCUCUGUCAAACAUUAAAUGAAAUACCAAUACAGUCGGUUAAAAAAACCACCUGAUUAACAUGUUAACUGCGAAAUCUGCCGAUACAGGAGAACAACAAAUCAUGAAUUCGAUAUAAGUUAUAUCAUAUGUUUAAUUGAUGAAUUUUGAAAAUUGUUAAAAAGAGAGAGGCUAUGUAAAAUUUCUAAAUAAAAAAAAAAUGAAAUGGCCUUUAUAAUUCAGCUUUCCUGUGUCGACCAGUUUCCUUUUGACAAUUUCUUGGACACUAUUUUUUUAUUCAUUGCCUUUGUUCCAUAUUAUAAUUGAACAUCAUUUUUAAGAGUUAAAUUUGGUGACAUUUAAAUAUACUCAAUCCUAUUACACUCAUUGUAUUAUAAUUAAACAGUACAAAAUAUGUAUAUAUUUUUUGUCAAUAUUAAGUAUUACAUGUAUCAAAUAAGUUAUUGUGUAAGGGUGAUUAUAUUUCAAAUUUAGGAUGCAAGGUUAUAUGUCAAUUGUGUAAAUAACUGGUAGAUGGAUGUUAUAGUCAUUUCUUGGUCUGCUUAUAUUUCAUGUUUUAUUCUUUACAAAUUUAAUGUGUCUGGUUUUGAUGCAAAGACUUGUGUGAACAAUUUCCUAUUUAGAGUGCUAACAUUGGAAAAACAACCACUGCCCUCCUGUACAUUGAUAGUGAUUUUUGAAAACUUUCACCAAUCCUGACAUCUUUACCAGUUUUGAGCUACAGGAAUUUACACCCCUGAAGGAAUAGUGACAAACAGUCCAUAAACAUGUAAUUUCAAGUAACAUUUUUGCUAUAAAAACUACACUGUCCACAUGAGCAAUUAAAGUACAGCUUGAACUUUUUCUCUACAAUUGCCAAUAAAACUUCACUUUACAAGAUAACCUUUGUCCACAUAGUCCUCUUAAAUUACAACUUGCACUACUCUGUCUGCAAUUACCACUAAAACCACACUUUAUUUAGUCUGCAUAAGUCAAUCAAACUACCUCACACCUGCAGAUCUAGAUCUUUAGCCAAUAAAAUUACACCUUACAACUAACAGGUCUACAUUAGCCAAUAUAGCUAAACCUUGCGUACACUCUCUGUAAACACAUUUUCAUGUUGAAUUUUAUCCGUUGAAAUUCAAGCAAUAUAGCCUUUUACAAUUUGAUGUUGAUAUUUUGUGAAAAAUAAAAAAUAAAUCCCUGAUAACUUU